ACAUAAACUCAAUUAAUCCUGGGAGCGCUCCAUAGAUCUUGCGGUAUGGCAAGAUGUCCGUGAUUUAGUUCACGACAAAGCGUCCAAUUUUCAGCGGUGUUCGAAAAAAGUGAUUCGAGAGCUUCCGCAGGGUUAAACUUUAUAUUAUCCUCAAGUAUGUCGACCAAUCGAGAUUCCAGGAAACAUCCUCUUUCGCCGGAGAAAACACCUCAAAGUUCGAAGAUUGCCCGUAAGAAGCCCAAUCAAUCUACACCUUCUACCUCCCCAGGAGAUCAGGGUACUGUCGAAAUGGAUUCUCCGUUGAGUGCGAAACCGGGUACACAAGAGAGUAUGAAGCGCUCCCUGUUCACUAGUGAUUUGGCCCCUGGGCCUGGUCAAUCACCUCCACAGUGGUUCGUUGAUUUCUUCAAAGGAUUUGAGGCUCGUCUAGAAAACUACAUUGAAAACAUUACUCUGGCCAAAUUCAGCGAGCUCUCUUCCACGCUAGAUCAGCAAAAUGAAAAACUAUCUGCAUGCUCUAUGCAGAUAGAAGACUUAGAAAAGCAGGUCAAGAAGUUGAAGCUGGAUAACACCCAGCUCGUUAACAAGAUAGAUGACUUAGAGAAUAGGGGUCGGAGGAACAAUUUAAUAUUCCAUGGGAUACCAGAGCAAGCUCAUGGUCCAGGCUCACGAGAAGAAGUAGCUGUCACUCUACAGAAAGUGCUGCAGGAUUUUGUGGGGCUGUCUGCUUCCGAGUACAAGAUUGAAAGGUGCCACCGUACACCUACAGGACCUCCCAUCCAGCCUCGCGAUCAAGCCGGUGACCAGGAUCUGAAACCUAGGAUCAUUCAUGCGUGCUUCUCAUCAUUCGCAGAUAAAGAGCAAGUCAGAAAAGCAUGCAUUCAGAAGUUCAAAGUCAAAGAUGCCAAGUUUCAUGGAAGGAAAUUAUUUGUCGCCGAAGAUUUCUCCAAAAGGGUAAUGAUGCAGAGGAAGGAAAAGAUGGAUGAAUUAAAAAAACUAAAGGAAAAUGGUCAGUUCAUUUUCCUUUUUUUAGUAUCAUGCCAUGCCAAAGUCUUAUAUCACCUUGUUUGGCACAGCUUUACUAGCAUAGUUGGACUUUUUAUACUUGUUUGUUUAGCAUAGUUGGACUUUUUAUACUUGUUUGUUUAGCAUAGUUGAACUCUUUAUACUUGUAUGUUCAUUUUUAUUAUUUUUUCAUAUGGUCAUAGGAUUGUUUGUAUUAGUGUAUGCAUAAUCAUACACAUAAAAGGUGCAUUUUUGUAACUUACUUGUGAUUAAAUAUGCAUGCAUAAUGUAUAUGUAUACUUAAAUUUUAAUGCUGAAGCUUGUAAAUUUAUUUUACCCUCUUUUAAACAUCGUUGAAUUUUGGAUGCUUUUUGUUGUAUUGCUGAUUUUUGGAUUUGUGCUGAAUGCAGAGCUGUUACUUAAUUUGAGGCUCUGCAUUUCAUCUUGCACUUUUGCUCCCUUUAAGCUAUUGUAAUGAUAUUUUUUACUUUUUU